AUGAGAUGGUCCAGACGAGCAACCAUUUCCCCGCAACACACCACUCUGGCACUGCAACCCUCCUCAAGGAUUUCUAGAAACAUUGGCUGCGAUAUGACUCGUCGACGGCCGAUGCUCGUUAGUCUUGCUGACAAACGGAUGAGCUCCAGGAGGAAGAGGGGACCAAGAAGAUGGAGAACAAGACUGGAGUACGGUAACACGGUCUACGCAGAGGUAGCGAAGCCUACUGCGAAGAGGAGGGGGGGAAGAUGGAAUCCAAGACAAACCACUCGCAAAAGCCCCAUCAUCGGCCCAUGA